GCGUUUACAUUGCUGAAAAGUGUCGCUUCGAGUUCCGUUUGGCAAGGGCCGUCGUCCGUUUUCCCUGAGGGGAUUUCUAUCAAGCGAAGCUUGCAGUCCUCCAGAAUACACCAGACAGUAAAUCAGACAUGAGCAUAGCUGCCGCGUGGGUCGUCCUCCUCGCCGGGGUCGGGACGGCGAAAAAAUCCUCGACCGAAAGUUUUCGAAGCCUCCUCCCCGCUCCUCCGGGCGCCUUCGUCGUGCCUGCGCUUCUGGUCUACCCGCCGCCCAUGCCCUUUGUCGGCCCUUAUGCUGACGGAGGCAAGGACCCCAGCAUCUUGGCCUCCGUCAAGGACGAAGCCACGAAGACAGUUAACAAAGAGAGGACCAUCGAGGUGUUCUCGAGCGGCUGGGACGACAUGGAGACUUGUCCUUCCUGGUGUAAGGACGAGGAAGGCGGUCUCUUCUGCUGCGGCUUCGAGGGAAAAAACAAGCACAGCGGUACGUGUCCGCCCUUGAGGGACGUGUGUAUCUUUGAGUCGGAUGUGAAGCAAAAAUCUGCCACUUACUGCAUGGCGGACGAUAAUUGCAGUACGAAGGAAAAAUGCUGCUUUGACCGUUGUUUGCAGGCGCGCGUGUGCAAGACUGCCUUGAAAAACGACUGAGAUAGCAAGUGUUUUUAGUUUGUUUUAUGUUCAUUUGUUUGCUUCUAGUCUUGUUUAAGCCAUUGGCUCAUAAUUGCGCUGAUCAUAUUAGAAGUUAGAAGGAAAUCUUUUG